AAUCGACGAACAAGCAUCCCAUACUCCGUUGGACGCCGUCCACCGUUGUCAGCCCUGCAUGGUUGUUCUCGGGUUCGAAUCCUAGGGCUUUUUCUACUCCCGAAAUCCGGACCAGUCCUGAUGCAACUUAGUUACAUGCUCAGGGUAUAACUUUGGGUAAGUUUUGGGAAUCAUCAGUGUAUAUAAAAGUUGGAGAAAGCCACACUGUUCACAGAGCUUUGAAGAAUGCUGCUUCCUUCCUCGGGCUCCAUGGAAUGUGUUGAGGCCUGACAUAAAGUUACAUUUGGUGAUAGAAUUUAUCAAAUUUUGGUGUUUAUGAAUCUUAUAGAAUUGAGGUUUUAUGCUUUGAUCUAGAAAUAGUGGUGAAGUGUUAUUCCCAUUAGAUAAUCUUCUCCAUCACUUGCAGACAUUUGUAGUAUAAGGAAGUAAGAGAGCUAAUGGAAGAAUAUAGCUCAAGCAGUGUGAAGAAGGCAAAACUGCAAUCUAUGCUCACUGCCCUGCUAGAAGAUCCCAUACUCACUGAUGUCCCAAAGAAGCCAACAUUGGCUGAUGUGGACACUCUCAUCAACCUUGAGCUGGGUAGUGCCAUGCGCAUUUCUGUUCUCAAACUAGAUGGAACAUCGUUUGAUGUGACAGUGAUGAACUCAGCGACAGUCAAGGAUUUGAAACUUGCGAUUAAGAAGAAAGUAAAUGACAUGGAACAAUCCAAGAUGGGUCACCGCCAUAUAUCUUGGAAGCACGUCUGGGCUAAUUAUUGUCUGUCAUACCAUAAUGAAAAGCUCCUUGAUGAUGGGUUUGUGCUUCAGAAUUUUGGUAUUCGAAAUAAUUCUCAGGUACAUUUUGUACCCUAUGUCAUGACAAAAGAAUCUCAGAGACACUCGAAGAGGCGAAAACAUCGAUUCUUUCAUGGCCUUAAUAAGCUUUCUUGAUCAAGCGUAUGUUCUUAUCAGGAUUCAGGGGUGUAAGAUUUAGGAAUGUGGGGUUUGUACAGCCUUUGGCUCUUUAUUCUCAUGAACCAGAUUUCGGGGUUUGUUUCCCAGAUGUUUAUAUCCGGUUCUAUUGUACUAACACUAGCAAGGUGAAGAUUAUUUGGCUUCACAGCUUCAAUGUUCACUGUUGUUCAACUUAUUUGCAA